AUGAAGCAUGAAUAAGGCUUCUACAAUUAGAAUGCAUUUCCAUUAAGAAGUAUUGAUUGGUAAAUAAAAUAAGAAAAAGAUGUUUACAUUAGAAUUUAAUAGAGUAAAGAUGACCCAGAAAUACAUGAAAAGUUACACCAAAUUAAUUAAAAAUAAAAAAUCUGCAAGCUUAAAUAAAAUCAUAACCAACUAAAAUAAUCUCAACAUUUUGUAGAUUAUUUUAAACAUCAAACUAUUAUAUAUUAUAUCUUCAUUUUGUGGAUUAAAAUUAAAAACUAAAUGAAGAAAUCUAGAAAUUAAAAAAAGGAAGAGAAGCACUUAAACCUAAAGAUAAAGAAAUCACAAUUAAAUAAAUUUAAUAAAGAGAUGAAAUAUAAAAAUUAAUAGAUGAAAAAGUUCUAUAAUUAAAAUAGAAUUCGAAAAUAAUCUCAAAGAGAAAUAUUGGGAUUGAAUUAUUUUGGAGAGAAAUCAUAUCUUAAAAAGAUUAAUGUAUUAAAUCAUAAAUUGACAUUGAUCCUGCAAAAAUAAUUAAAGAAAUGAUUUCUAAAGGAGAACCAUAUGAAUUUUUGGAUGGAGACCAAUUAAGAAUAGACUAAUAGUUUUUAAUAAAGCUUAUUUCUAAUUUUAAAGAUUAAGGAUAGGAAAGGAUUUUAGUAUUAAGUGUAUUAGGACCAUAAAGUUCUGGUAAAUCAAUAAUAUUAAAUAAAAUAUUUGGAUGCCAUUUUUGGACAAGUGUUGGUAGAUGUACAAAAGGAAUCUAUUUAUAAUUAUUAAAAAUACAUAAUAAAGCAUUUUUUAAUAAUUUAUUUGAUUACAUUAUUAUUUUAGAUAUUGAAGGUCUUUAAAGUCCAAAUUAAGAUGAUUAAGAAUUUGAUAAAAAAUAGCUCUAUUUGUAUUAUCUAUUAGCGAUAUUAUACUCGUCAAUGUUAAAGGUGAUAUCACAAAAGAGUUCAAAUCAUUAGUUAAAAUGUGUAUAUUUACUUUAGGAUAAAUGAAAAGUUUUACAAGUUCAAAAUAAAUUACUUGGUGUUUUAAUUAAAAUAAUGAUGUCAAUAAUUAUGCACCAUUUUUAGCAUAAUUACAAUCUAUUGCAACAAGUUUAAGUACAGAAUUCAGUAAUCAAAAAGAGGAAGAUGAGGUUAUAGAUUAUACAGAAAUUCUUGGAAUUACUUAAGCUAAUAUCAAAAUUUUAGGAUUUGCAUCUACAGAAAAAUUAUGGAGAAAAAAUGAAAGCGACGGGAUUUAUGCAGAUUGGCGCCAGUUAAUUAUAAAUGGAACAUUUUCUGAAGAAGCAUAUGAAUAUGGUAUUAGAGUAAUUCAAGCAUAUGUUGAUAAAUUUGGAAGUGAAACAGAUUAGUAAGGAAAUAAAUAGAUGGAGAAUUUAAAAUAGUUUAUAGAGAAGAUUCAAACAACUUGGAGGAGUACAGAAAGCCUACCUGAUUUACUUGAAUUUUCUGAAUUAAUAUAACAUUAAUAAAAUCAAUUUAUGAGGUAAUAAUUUAAUGAAAUCAUGAAUAAUUAAGUGUUUCCUAAAUAAAAUGAUUUCAUCUAAAAUAUUCAAGAGAGUAUUUAAUAAAAAAUUGAAAAUUAUCUCUUGAAGCAUUGACUGAAAUAGAGAAAUAACAAAUCAAUAAUAUGAAAGGGCAAUUCGAUUAAAUCAGGAAAGAAUUCAUUGAAAAAUUAACAACCAUCAAAAAUGAAAAAAAAAUUUCUAAAAAAGUCUUUACGAAAUAUGUGAAUAUGGUUAAAGAUAGAAUAAAUAGUGAAAUAUCAGCAUUUAAUUUAGCAAAAUAUUCUGAAAUUAAAACUUAAGAAACAAAUUUAUAAAAGAAGAAGGGAUUUAUUUAGAUUGAUUUAUUUAUCUAAGGGUUACUAAAAAAGGAGGAAGAAUUAAAAUAAGAUUAAAAUGAAAUUUAAUAAAAUUUGGGGAUAAAUAACAAAUCAACAUACUUAAUAAUAAGAAGAUAUGUUUAAAGUGUUUUGCGAUAAGUUACUUUAAGUUAUUUAAUAAGAGUUUUCAAAGUAUAUAUUGAAAACAAAUAAUGA